CGAGGGCGGAGCGCAGAGCCGAGUGUCCAGAGUUAUAUUUCUGGCUGCUGUAGUCACUCACGUUCACUGAUUCAAUGAACGGUAUAAUGGCUGCAUCGUCGAACAGAAUCAUGCUAGGCCCCCUCGUAGCUGCUAUCGACCAAGGCACGAGUUCCACACGUUUUCUGGUUUUCAAUGCAAAAACCGCAGAGCUUCUCAGCCACCAUCAGGUUGAGAUUAAACAGAGCUUUCCUAAAGAGGGCUGGGUGGAGGAAGAUCCAAAAGAGAUUCUUCAGUCUGUGUAUGAGUGUAUGGACAGGACCUGUGAGAAACUGACCCAGCUCAACAUUGAUAUCUCAAACAUAAAAGCCAUUGGGGUGACAAAUCAGAGGGAAACCACCAUUGUUUGGGACAAGGAAACGGGGGAACCACUUUACAAUGCUAUAGUUUGGCUUGAUCUGCGGACCCAGUCCACAGUAGAAAGACUUAUCAACAAAACUCCUGGCAGGAACAAAAACCACCUCAAGCACAAGACUGGCCUUCCCAUCAGCACAUACUUCAGUGCAGUAAAGUUACGCUGGUUGAUGGAUAAUGUGGAAAAGAUCCAUGAAGCUGUGCUCUCCCACAAGGCAAUGUUUGGAACUGUUGACUCCUGGCUUAUCUGGUGCUUGACAGGGGGGAAGAAGGGAGGUGUUCACUGCACAGAUGUGACCAAUGCCAGCCGGACCAUGCUCUUCAAUAUUCACACAAUGGACUGGGAUCCAGAGCUCUGCACAUAUUUUGAUAUACCAAUGGAAAUUCUGCCAAAAGUGAGAAGUUCUUCAGAGAUUUAUGGUUUGAUGAAAUCUGGCCCUUUAACUGGUGUCCCCAUAUCAGGGUGUCUUGGUGACCAGUCUGCUGCGCUGGUUGGACAGAUGUGCUUCAAAGACGGACAAGCCAAAAAUACUUAUGGGACUGGUUGUUUCCUUCUUAAGAAUGUAGGAACAAAGCCUGUAAUGUCGGACCAUGGACUUCUGACAACAGUCGCAUAUAAACUAGGGCGUGACAAGCCAGCCUACUACGCACUAGAGGGUUCUGUUGCCAUUGCUGGAGCAGUUGUGCGUUGGCUAAAGGAUAACCUUGGAAUUAUACAAACCUCUUCAGAACUUGAAAAAUUAGCUGCUGAUGUUGGCACAUCAUACGGCUGUUACUUUGUCCCUGCAUUCUCUGGAUUAUAUGCGCCAUACUGGGAACCAAGUGCCAGAGGAAUCAUCUGUGGUCUAACACAGUUCACCAAUAGGAGUCAUUUGGCUUUUGCAGCACUCGAAGCUGUCUGCUUCCAGACACGAGAGAUUCUGGAUGCAAUGAACCUGGACAGUGGUAUUCAUCUGGCUCAGCUCCAGGUUGAUGGAGGGAUGACAUCCAACCGGUUACUGAUGCAGCUGCAGGCCGACAUACUGUGUAUCCCAGUUGUAAAACCAUCCAUGCCUGAAACCACAGCUCUGGGUGCUGCCAUGGCAGCAGGAGCAGCUGAGGGGGUCAGUGUGUGGAGCCUGAACCCAGAAGAUCUCACAGAGGUCACUUCAGAAAAAUUUGAACCUCAGAUCAACCCAGAGGAGAGCGAACUGCGAUAUGCUCGCUGGAAGAAAGCUGUACAGAGGGCUAUGAACUGGGAAACCACUGAGCCAGUCAACAAUGGAAAUGAGGAGACUAGUAUCUUCAGUAGUGUACCCUUGGGCUUUUACAUUCUGGGUAGCAUGUUUAUGUUAAUUGGAGCAAAGUACAUUGCAGCAGGGCAGAAGUAAAAUUGAACACUUCCAUAUUUCAGAAGAUAGGAGACAAAGUCAGAAGAACAAAAGAGGGUCCGUGGCUUAU